CAGCCAACUUAUAUUAGAGCCCGUCCCCCGAAAACUACCACUGACCACCCUCGCAUUGUAGAGAUCAGGCUCAGAUCUUCAUCCUCCAUCUAUCUCGCUCUCUCCUUCCAACUUCUGGGAGAAAAUGGGGAGAGCUCCAUGCUGUGAGAAGGUGGGGCUGAAGAAGGGGAGGUGGACAGCGGAAGAGGAUGAGAUCCUGGUGAAGUACAUUGCUGCUAAUGGAGAAGGGUCCUGGAGAUCACUGCCCAAGAAUGCAGGGCUCUUGAGGUGUGGAAAGAGCUGCAGACUCAGAUGGAUAAACUACCUCAGAUCUGACCUAAAGAGAGGUAACAUUACUAGAGACGAGGAGGAUAUCAUCAUCAAGCUGCACGCCACUCUUGGAAACAGGUGGUCCCUAAUAGCCGGCCAUCUCCCGGGAAGAACCGAUAACGAGAUCAAGAACUACUGGAACUCUCACCUCAGCAGAAAAAUCCAAAGCUUCCGGCGAACUGGAAUGGACAGCGAGGCCGCAGUCUUAGACCUCAGUAAGCUUCGCGGUGGUGGGGGCAGGCAGCAGGGUGCCUGCAUUGACCGGUCGGCCAUGAAGAAGACCAACACCAUGAAUAGAGAAAUCAGAAGAGAUAAGCAAGACAUGGCUGACAUCCGGCCCCCAGCUUCGGUAGUGCAGAGUGAUGAGGGUCAUAUCAUGGUUUCGGAUCCUGAUCAAAACCAACAAGCUAGCAGCGUCACGUUUGAUGGGAUCACCAUGGAUCCUAAUGAAGAGAUGGUAAGUGAGCUUUGGGACACAGAUGCUGAUAUGGAACACGUGCUGUUUGGUCCAAGUGAGGAAAGCAUGAUUGGGUGGGGGUACACUCAGGCAGACAGUGGUGUGAUGAGCACAAGUAGAGUUGAAUUGGCAUCCAAGAGUGAGGAUGAGAUGGGUUCAUGGCAAAGGGAGAAGCUCUUGGAGUGGGACUUGGGGGCCAACGAGGAAGCUGGAGAGAUGUGGCCAUGGAUGUGGGACAGUGGAAAUGGGGAGUUAGCCCUCCGUGGUGUGGAUGACUGUGGAUACCAAGAAGGCUCAUUAGAUGAUGGCUGGCUUAUUUGAGGUUAGAGCGUCCUUUGGAGACAGUACUUACUGCUCUUCGUGUUAGAAAGGAACAGUUGCGACUUCUAGGAACCAUGUAAAGUCAUCAGAAAGAGAGUAGUUCUUGUAGAGUGAAGGUGUGCCAUCAAUGAUGCAUGUUUUCACAAUCUUUUUGGGGUUGUCAUUUUGAGAUUCCUUACCACGUUUCAAAUAAAAAGAGGCUCUUUAGGAGAUUAUGGAAUGA